AUGCCCGUCAACAGACACUUCAGGAGGUACAGCGCUCCUGCAAACCCAUUUAAAGCCACCACCGCAUCCAGCAGGUCCCAGUCGAACUGGAGCCCUCCCCUUCGUAAACCUGGCCGAGCCUCCUUUGCGACCCACACUGUGAUCGGUGCAAUCGUCGUCUUGCUAGCGCUUUUCUUCCAAGUCUUUGCACCCCACUUCUCUCACACGGUCCUGCGCUUCUUCACUAAAGACCAGCAUUGGCACGUCAGCUCCCCAGGCAUCACCCUCCGCAACCCCGUACUCUUCCACGAGCCCCAGAUCUGCCCGAAGCCCGAGCAGAUAGUCGAGUUCGAAGGCACCUUCAACACCCAUCCCAAGCGCAGCAUGGCUCUCGCUGAGCAGGCAAAGCGGGUCGCCGCGGAGUUCGACUUCAGCAACGAUGCUGUGAACAAGACGGUCAAGGAGUUCAUCAGGGAGAUGGACGAGGGCCUGCAACAGGACGGCACCGAGCUAAGCCAGAUCCCUACCUACGUCACUGCCGGCCUGUACAUGGCUGUCGACUUGGGCGGCACCAACUUUCGUGUCUGCUCCAUCCAGCUGCACGGCAACACCACCUUCUCCCUCACCCAGAGCAAAGUCGCCGUUCCCCAAGAGCUCAUGACCGCGAAGACAUCGAAGGAGCUCUUCUCUUUUCUAGCGAAGCAGAUCGAGAAGUUCCUCAAGGCACACCACGAAGACCACUACGCUGGCACACUCAAGCGUCGACAGACUGGAGGGCAGGCUGAGGAGAUCUUCAACCUGGGUUUCACAUUCUCUUUCCCCGUGAACCAGGUUGGCAUCAACAAGGGCCUGCUCAUGCGCUGGACAAAGGGCUUCGACAUCCAGGAUGCAGUUGGCAAGGACGUUUGCGCCCUGUUGCAGGCUGAGAUUGACGAGCUGCACUUGCCUGUCAAGGUAGCUGCUCUUGUAAACGACACUGUUGGAACACUCAUGGCCCGCUCGUAUGCCUCGCCAGGCAAGACCGGGACAUUGCUCGGAGCUAUUUUCGGAACCGGUACCAACGGUGCCUACGUCGAGAAGCUGGACAAAGUCACCAAGCUCACAAAGGCUAAGAAUGUAGGAGAGUUUGACAAGUCGACUGGCGAGAUGAUUGUCAACACCGAGUGGGGUUCCUUCGACAACUCCCUCCGCACACUGCCCAACACACCCUACGAUGUCGAGCUCGACGAGAAGUCCGUCAACCCUGGCAUCCAGAUGUUUGAGAAGCGCGUGUCUGGCAUGUUCUUGGGUGAACUUCUCCGUCUUGCUUUGGUCAAGUUGAUCAAGGACCCCAAGGUUCCCCUGUUCCAGGACGACAACUCUUCGUCGAACGACAUUCACAGCACAACACAGAUCGACAGUGACAGCGUGAUAUUCAAGCAGUGGGGUAUCGACACAAGCUUCUUGUCCAUCUGCGCUGGCGACAACAGUGUAGGCCACCGUGUGAUCAGGCAAACACUGGACAAAGACUUCGGUAUCUCAGCUGCCAGCACCGAGGACGCAGAGGCCGUCAAAACGAUCGCCGGCGCUAUAGGUCGCCGCGCUGCUCGUCUGUCAGCCGUCGCCAUCGGUGCCAUCAUCAUCAACACCGGCCGUCUGGAAAAGUCCAAAAGCACCGCCACAACCGAGGACAAGGCUGGCAUCAACCCUCCGCGAGGUGACUUCAAGGUCAACGAGGAGGAUGUUGUCGAUGUCGGUGUUGACGGUUCGCUUGUUGAGUUCUACCCCGACUUCGAGGAGCACAUCAGGGAGGCCCUGCGCACAAUCCCUGAGAUUGGUAAGCGCGGCGAGAAGCACAUCCGCAUUGGUAUUGCAAAGGACGGCUCUGGUGUUGGUGCUGCGCUCAUUGCACUUAUUGCUGGUCAGGUCCCCGAGCCUCAGCUGGACUAG